CAGGCCAGGAAGGAACGGGGCUGCUGAGAGAUAAGGAAAAAUUCAGGGGAUGACAGAGUUGGAAUUACUGCUGCUAAAGGGAGCGACAGGCUGGGAGAGAAACAGCCUGCAGAGAGGAAGGAGGGACACGAAAGCUCUGGAGAUUCCCCUUCAGCCCGUGGAGGUCCCCAGGGAGCAGAUACACCCCUGCAGCCCUGCAGGAGUCCCUGGCCAAGCAGGGGAUGCCCAAAGGGGGCUGUGAGCCUGUGAAAAGCCCAUGCUGGAGCAGUUCCCAAGACGGGAAGGAUGAGCAAGAAUGGAGAAGUCUGGACACCCCCCGGAACUGUCAUCCUCCAGGACAGGAUCCCCUUGGCAAGCAUGUGUCCCCUCUGGGACAGGAUCCCCCCAGGACAGUACCCCCUGGAUGUGACCCCCCAGGACAGAACCUGUCCCCCCAUGUGACACUCAGCACAAAAGGCUUCUUCCUUCUGCUGCAGGAGAGAGAAAGUGGAAGUGUUGGGGGGCACAGCUGGACACCCCCAUCCCUCACAGCCUCCCCAGCCCUCCCUGCAAACCCUUCACCCCUGCUUCUCCCACCCUGGGGUUCCCCCAACCUGUUCCCUGCUCAGGAGCUCCCCAGGAUCAUCAAGACAUGAACUGGGGGGUUGUGAAAUGGAGGGAUAAAAUGAUGGAAAUGGAAAUGAAGAGAGGGAAAAGUCACUGUGAGUUGGGGGGGACACAGACCCAGAGACCCUCAGAAUCUGUCUGGGGCGAUCCCCAGGCCACUGACACCUCCGGGGGGGGCUGUGCUAGGCCCAGGGUCACCCCAAAAUCUGAGGCAGCCAGGGAAGAAGCCACAACCCAUGUGCUCACCCAGCCAGCCACUGCCCAUCCCUGGACCCCAUUCCCCUGGGAACCCAACCAUUGGACCCCAAUUCCUUAUGUCCCCCAUCCCUGGGACCCCCAUCCCACUAUUCACAUUCCCCAGGAUCUCCAUGGCCCAGGACCCCCAUUCCCAGGGAACCCUCUCCCAUUCAUUCCAUCACUUGAAAUCCCCCUUCCCCGCAGGACUUUGGUUCUCCCAGGGCCCCCCAUGCCCACAGGACCCCCAUAUACCCUGCACCCCAUUCUUGGCACACACAUCCCAUGACCCCAAAUCCCUGGAGCCCACGUUCCCCUGGGACUUCCAUCCCUCAGUGCCCCCAGCCCUGGGGACCCCCAUUCCCAUUGCACCCACAUCCCUCAUGACUCCCCCUCAAGACCAUUCCCCAGAGACCCAUCCCUGGUACUCCCCAUUCACCUGGACACCCAUCCCUGACUCCCCAAACCCACCGAGCCCCCACUCCUAGGAACCCCAUGUCUCACCGUGUGCCACCCAACCUUGUCUCCAUCCUGUCCCCACCCUGCCCACAACCUGUCCCCAGCUUCUGGUCACCCUGCACCCACCAAGGGCCACCCACAUGUGUGGACGAGUCGUGACCUCGCUUCCUUCCCCUUCAUCCGAAGAGCCGCCAGCCAGGGGAGCGGUGGCCACAGCAGCCAGUGACAGCCAGUCCACAUGGCUGGGGACAGCAGGAUGGCCGGGAAGGUGACGCUGCUCCUGUGGGUGCCCACCCAGCCCUGUUCCUUCUCCCUUCCAGCCCAGACCCUCGGCCUCACUGGUGCCCAGACCCGCCAGAUCCUCGUGGAGCCACCCUGGAGGCCGGCAGUGCUGUGGGACCAGGUGACACUGACCUGCCAGGGCUCGGGGACCGCCGGUGCCACCACCUGGUACAAGGACAGGCAGCGCUGGGGACAGCAGGGACGUGACCGCUUCACUGUCACCGAGAUUGGCACCUACCAGUGUGAGAGAUCCGGCACCGAGCGCAGCUCCCCCGUGAGAGUCUCAAAUGACUGGCUGGUGCUGCAGGUGCCAGUACAGGUGCUGCUGGAGGGGGACACGGUGACACUGCGCUGCCGGGGCCGGCAGGACAACCCAGUCACCAGGGUGCAAUUUUUCCGGGAUGAGAAGGAUCUGAGGCAGUUCCUCAGGGGGACCGAGCUGUCCCUGACCCCUCUACAGCUGAACCAGAGCGGCCGCUACCACUGUGAGGGCUGGGUGAGCUCACAUGGGUCACAGUCAGCAGCAGUGUCCUCACCUCCCCUCUCUAUCCCAAAGCUCUUCUCAGUGCCAGUGCUGGAGGGUCCCCCCGAGCCCACCGAGGGGUCACCCCUGAAUCUCAGCUGCCUCAGCACCCCCAGCCCCCUGCGGCCCCGAGCCCCCCUCCUGCACAUGUUCUACCAGGACGGGCAGGUGGUGGGGGGCCUGCAGGUGUCCCCACACCUGCUGGUGCCUGCCGUGGGGGUCUCCCACUCAGGGAAUUACAGCUGUGAGGUGCGCUCCGAGGGGGGGGCCGUGCGGAAGAGCAGCGCCCAACUCCACGUCACGGUGCGCAGGAUCCCACCGUUGGGGGUGUCCCUGUCAGUACAGCCCCCCGUGGGACAGGUGGCACUGGGGAACCACCUGGUUCUGAGCUGCACGGUGGCCAUGGGGACAGGUCCCCUAUCCUUCUCCUGGCACCGGGUGGGCUCGGGGGCACCGCUGGGCACUGGCCCCCACCUGGAGCUGCCCCACGUUGGGCACAAUGACAGCGGCCAGUACCGAUGCCGGGUCAGCGAUGGGGACAGCGUGGCCGAGAGUGACCCCCUGAAUGUCACCGUCCUGGUGCCCGUGGCCAAUGCCACCAUCACCCCCGCUCCCCUGGCACACCAGGUGCGUGCAGGUGACACCAUGACCCUGCGCUGCACGGUGCAGGUGGGCUCAGCCCCUGUCACCUUCACCUGGCUGCACAACGGGCAGGAGGUGGCCCACGGUCCCCUCCUGGAGCUUGGGGCUGUUGAUGUGGGAUGUUCAGGCACCUACCAGUGCAUGGCCACCAACCAGCUGGGACAGGACGGGCACAACAUGUUCCAGGCACUCAGCCCAGAGCUGGCCCUGGCGGUGACACCGUGGGGACACAGGGACACAGUGGUCACAGGGCUCAGUGGGGCCCUUUUGUUCCUGGUCCUGCUCGUGGGUGUCAUUGUGGCCUGGCACCGGUGGCACCGUGUGGCAGCUGCCAGGAAGCACCAGGAAAGGGCCCUCCCCGAUCCCCCAGGCCCCCCAGAGGAGGGGGAGGUGCUAUACAGUGACGUUGUGAGCACCAAGCAGAUGGGGGGUGUACCCCCGUGCCACCACACCCCAGGAUCCCCACAUCACCUAUCCAGAGCUGCGGGGACCCCACGGGCGACCUCAGGAACCCGGUGACAUCUACGGGAAUGUGCUGUGACACUGGGGGGAACUGGGGAGCACUGCACUGGGGUCCCCACCCAUGGGUGCCCACACGUGUGUGUGCUGCCACUAAAAACUGCCCCUCUCCCUCCCCAUGGAGACACAAAGAUCCCAAAGGGCUGAGAGAAAACAAUCUCCUGAAACAGCAACAAGAGAGAAUAAAACCAACUGCAACAGCAACAAGG